AAUGCACUGCAGUUUUUGCCCGUAAAUACAAUCACGACUUUAGGGUGAGAUCAAAUCAUAGAAAUAUUCUAGUACAUAUUUUUCCAAAAACUAUUUAUAAAGUUCCCACUUAAACUAAAAUCUGUCAUGGUGGUGACACCAUUAAUGUGGCGAUCUUUGGAUCGCUUCACAUUUUUCUUUCGUUUCAUGUUCACCAAUCCGAUUGAGUAUAACGCAAAAAAGAGAAAGUUUGAAUUUAAUCAAGUAUCACGUAAAAUGUGGCCUUAUUGCUGUUCAGUUGUUAUUUUGUUUCUUUCAAACAUCGUGCCUUGCUUGGCCCUCGGCAUGCUCAAGUUAUUCGGCUUGUUGCACCUCCCUUUAGCUAACGCCAUGUUGUUACUUGUGGUGCUGUUGAUUAGCGGGGUUUGUCUAACGGCGGAACUGAUCUCUGCGCUGAUCGGGUAUAAAUUACUCGGAAUGAUUAACUAUGCAAUCGAGUGGGACAAACUGGGAGGAAAUUCGGCCGCAAAAGGAACUGACAUUCUAGGCCCAGUACUUAACGUCGUUGCUGCAACGUUCGGCCUCUACCCGUAUCUUGCAUCUGCAUUUCUCCUUCUUUCCGAAAUGGAUCCAAUCUUCCAAUUUCUACAAUUUACUACCCAAAAUUGGACAUCUAUCGCCAAUUUCCCCGUCUUAAAAUUUCUUACCUUAACCAUCCUUCGCCCCAUACUAACACUAAUCUCAAUGCUUCAAAUUUGCCGCUUCUUCGCAAUAUUUUUCUGCGGCUCGGCCGUCGGAUGUACUUCACUCGUGGACAACAUUACGCAAAUGGACCGUAUCUCAAACAGAUUUUGGAUACAGAGUUAUGCCCGCGAAAUUCUACGUAGUCAUGCCGCAAUUCAAAUUUUGUUACAUUGGUCGUCCGCCGUGUUAAACUCACUCGUCGCAAUUUUUCAAUUUGCGGGAUUUAUUUCUGUCCCGUUUAACUAUAUGACGCUAAAGAUGUAUAAUUUAGUACCGUUUCGACUGUACGUUGCUUUUCCGGUUGUGUGCAUUCUCCUCCCGAUGAGUCAUCAGAUAUUGUUACCGAUAUUAAUUAGUGUGUAUGAGGGGGAAGUAAAUUUGCAUAAGAAGUGGAGGCGAUCCCUAUGUUUUUGUGGGGAUACGAGAUAUUUGAUGAGAAGGGUGAAAGCGACCAAAAUUUUAAGAGUUUAUUGUGGUCUGUCAGAUUUUAACUUUUAUUUUCUGAAAAAGUCGACAAAGUUGAAAUAUCAGUAUACAAUUUUGAGCUAUACGAUAUCAGCUUUGCUAUCAGGCAAGGGUUGAGAUACUAUUUAUUUUCCCCCGCACCUCGGACGCUAGGUUAAUAUGUAGAGCAUAACAUAAAAUUACAUUACAUCAUAUAUCUAUUUGCAUACACAUUUUAUAUUAUGUGGUAAUGAUUAUAGAUAUACAGACAAGUAAUUAGUAAAAAUAUUUAUUGUAUUAAAAUAUUGGAGUUAUAUGCAAUUAUGGUAUUAUGUUGUAUACAAUUAUUUCAACAAUUCUUUCGAAGUCUUCUUAAUGGAUUAAUUAAGAAGAUGAAUUAAUAAGUGUUUAACUAGCCAAUUAUACAGGCAAACUUAUCGAAAUAUGUAUGUACCUCUUGUGAACUACUCUCAACGGAACUAACGGCCGAUUAAGUAACAAAAUAAAUUUGCUUAAUUUUUGUAUGUUGUCAAUAAAAACUCAUACAUUAUCCUUAACAAUUUUAUACAAGCAUAUUCGAUCAGGGAGAAAAUAAUCUGGAUUAAAUAAACCAUUUUAGAGAAACCAAUGUAUAAAACAUAUGAUGGUAAAAUCAUUUGUGUCAGUGAAUACGUUUACUUUCAUUCACGAUUAGAGUCAGACUCUCGGCCACAUACAAAUUAAUUGGUAUACUGACAGUAUACGCACCUAUAUAACUAUAUACGAGUAUACGGUAUGCUCGUAUUCGUAUCUAAUAAUGCCUUAAGCUUUUAAGGAUUUGGAAAUGACAUCAACAAGUUCAACGUGUUGUCAAACACACUAGCAAAGAAUUCCGCCUUAUAGCUUUCCUCAAUACGGAACAAUCUAGUCGUCGAAAUGCCACAUUCCAGGCCCCAUUUCGGUAUCGAGGCAGCAAUCUUUCUCUCCUCAGAUUUUCUUACCCUAUCCGACCUCAAGUUGAAGAGACCAUCCUUCCACUUCGUGUGCACACUGAUGAACGCAGGGAGCAAAAAAUAUACCAGCAAGGUCACUAUUGCAGAACCGUACGGAGCAACUAGGUAUACGACGAGCGGCAUCUUUCCGUACAUUUUGACCGUGACGUAGUUAAAUCCAGAGAUCACUAUGAGCCAAAUAACGAUCAAAAUUGAUACAAUUGUCAUAACGAUUUUUUGCCCUAUCGUUCCCACAAUUUGCAUUUAUCUGUAGUUCGAGGCCACAUUUUUGAAUUGACGCGGUGUCGUGGUGGCUAGAUUUGCCACGAGAAUGGUGAUCCUCUCCCAGGUCAGGAAUAUCGCUCCGGAGAUAGAGGCUGUUAGCAUGACCAUUUGGCUGCUUUCUAGUAGUCCGACGGUCAUGGUUAUGAAGCUCACGCCUCUCACGGUCCAUCGCAGGAUCCCGUUUUUUGUAAGGUAUAUCCCCAAGUAUUCUCUAAUCAUGAUACUGUGCGGACAAAGGUCUACCAUCAUUCCCAAGGCGGAGUAGAAACCGGAGAGGUAGAUCAAAUGGUAUUGAAGCUUCCACAUUGUGAUAAGAAUAUUGUACUGAGGGAUUGCUU